CUUCUCAUAUUGUCCCACAGUAAGCAGCAGGCCUACAUUGAGCAGCGCUGGCAGGAUGUGCGAGUCGGAGACUUUGUCUGUCUGUCCUCUAAUGAAAUCAUUCCGGCGGACAUGCUGCUGCUGUAUUCCUCUGACCAGCGUGGGGUUUGUUACAUUGAGACCGCCAACCUGGACGGAGAGACCAACCUGAAACAGAGACAGGUGGUUUCUGACCUCCCGUUGCAGGGAGUAGAGUCCCCCCUCGAGAGCUUCCACAGUCGUAUUGAGUGUGAGAACCCCAACAAUGACCUCAGCAGGUUCAGAGGUUACAUGGAGCACCCCAGUGGGCUCCGAGUGGGCCUCCACAACAACAACCUGCUGCUGAGGAGCUGCACCGUCCGCAACACUGAGACCGUGGUGGGCAUCGUGGUGUACGCUGGUGAGAGCAAACACACACUGAGGGUCAACACACUGCUCACAUUGGGGUCUGCUUUGUGAGGAAUACAUCACGUGUUGAAAGAUACAUCUGAAAUCCUGCAGGUCUUCUUUUCUGUUUACUUACAUUACUAAAAUGUUUGUGCAGUCUGUUCACCACAAGCAGGA